GGCGUAGAAAACGGCCAACAUAAACCCGUCACGUGAGCCCUGGGAAACAAUUCGAAGCGACGGAAACUCCCAGCAGCGAACCCAAGGAGUGUCGGCUUGAACCGGGUUCAUUCCUUCUACCGUUAGACAGACAUCAAAACUAUACUGACGCCAUGGCUUCCAGGCUGCUCGCUAACAAGUCCGCUCUCGCGCUGAAGCAGGCGCUGGCUCCUAGCGCACCCCGCUUGGCUGCCAAUGUCAUCGUCUCUGCCCGCCUUCAGCAGCGUGCCGAAAUGGCCUCCGUUCCCCAGCGCCCUGAGCCUAAGGUCGCCGCUGAAUCCUUGAUCAAGCUCUUCCCCGGUGAAGGUCUUGCAGCGAAAUCCGGUUCCGUUCUCGUGACCGCCUCCAUCGCCGCGUUCCUCAUCUCCAAGGAGGUCUACCUCGUCGAUGCUGAGGUCUUUGAGAUGGCCUGUAUUUUUGGUGCCUACUACAUCUGGUACAGCAACGGAAAGGACGGCGCUAUUGAGUACUUCAACGACAAGAAGAACACUAUCAAGCGUGUGCUUGAGCAGGCUCGUCAGGACCACAAGGCUGUCGUCCAGGAGCGUAUCCAGCACGUCGGCAAGAUGUCUGACAUUGUCGAUGUUACCAACGGUCUCUACGAGAUGUCCAAGGACAUUGCGAGGCUCGAGGCUGAGGCUUACGAGCUCAAGCAGCGCGUCAACUUCACCCAACAAACCAAGAGCGUUCUGGACGCCUGGGUCCGUCACGAGGCGUCUGUCCGUGAAUCCCUGCAGAAGGACCUUGCCACCUCCGUCAUCGAGAAGGUGAAAGCUGCCCUCGCCGACAAGAGCACGCAAGACAGCAUUCUCCAGGACUCUUUGCAGCAAAUCCAGAAAAUCGCCAACGCUGCGCCCAAGGCUCGUUAGAUCUUUGCAUACCACACGUAUUUGCCGAUUUUCGAAUUGGAAGAACAAUAGAUUUCCAGCAUUUGGCGAUAAGAAGAAUUCCUCAUCUGUCAAAUAUCUGCUUGCCCCUGAUUGUGUAGCCUGUGCGGA